UAGGAUUUUCAAGACGGCGGCAGACGGUCAGUGAACGAUCUCGUUUAACGGCUCUCUGAGGGCGAAUAAAGAGUGUCCCGGGUUUUUUUUGUCUUUUGUUUUCGUUGCGUUUGAUUUGCCCUGAUGUCCGGUGAAGUGGAGGCGAGCACGGAGGAGCAGCAGGAGAUGCAGGACACCGUUGUGAGUCCGGAAAAGGCCGAGGAGGUCAAACUGAAGGCCCGAUACCCCCAUCUCGGGACCAGGCCCGGAGGGUCAGAUCUUUUGCGAAAAAGACUCCAAAAAGGGCAAAAAUACUUCGACUCGGGCGACUAUAACAUGGCCAAAGCCAAGAUGAAGAACAAGCAGCUCCCGACGGCAGCGGCGGAGAAGACGGAGAUCACCGGAGACCACAUCCCCACCCCUCAGGACCUGCCCCAGCGGAAACAGUCUCUGGUGGCCAGCAAACUCGCCGUCUGACGCCGUUCCUGCUGUCUCCUUUGUGUCUGGUCUUUUCUUACUCUCUUUGUCUUCUGCCUGUAGAAACGCUCUCAGUAUACAUGUACUGCUGCUACCAUCACACUUGGAUCCACCCAAACAGUCCGAUGUAUCGAUGCCAGGGUUUAAACAGGGGAAUCUGGCCCACUGAGUCAGAUCAGCGUUAUUUUAGGGUUUCUUUUCCAUCACUUUUUGAUCGUCUUUGUUCUGUGCUCGUCUUGAAAUAAGAUCUCCAUGAAUAGAUAACACGGACUGGACUUGAAAUAAUCACAUCCACCUCUUCUGCCAAAUCUGUGCCUCUUAGAAGAAGCAAAAGGCCUCAUAGACGUCAUCUGAUUGAGUUGAAGUUCGUUUGUUGAGACUUGCUGUUUGGCUCCUACUUGUUAAUUAUGUAAACGACCUUAAAACUGUCGGUUUCUCUCUUGUUUGCCCGCACCGAGGAGUGUGUUGAGCUCUUCUCUGGGUUGUGUCGGCUGAGCACCUGAGCUGUACACACGUUUACUGUCACAACUGUGCCAUUUGUUUUGUAAAUAAACGAAGUUUUGCACA